AUGACUACAUUCCGGAAAAUCUCGGAAUAUAAAGAUUACCUUGGGAAAACGGUUAUCAGACGCCCCAAAGAUCAACUACUCCCCCGACUCGAUAGCCAGAACGGCCAGAUCUACAUGGCGCCAGGAGAGGUGUACUGCAGAUUUCGUCACCCUGACGGCCAGCUCUGCUCGAAUGAUGCAUGGUUUUCUGAAAGCUGCCCUACCCUGAUGUAUGGCAAUACAGAAGACAUGAUUAUGACAAUAUCCUACAUCGUUGAUACUCUGGAGAUGCGACAUCCAUCGAACUUCGCUGUGGCUGAAGAGGGUGAUAAGUUUGCUCACAUCUUCUCCCGCGCGGCCCGAGGAGGCGUUGUCAAGGCUCUUGCCAAGCUGGGUGCGGCCUUUGAUACCAUUGCCAUCAGCCACCAGCGGGAGCACAAUCUACUGGGAUCUCAGAACCAAGAGGAUAUUGAACAACAUGUCCGCAUCUACAAGGACAAGCCCGGAGGUGAAAGUGCGUUUUCGGAGCCCCUGCACCUCCGGUCAGGCGACACUGGUUUCCUUGAGUGGAACACCGCUGUGCAGGACUUCCGUAGCGAGGUUGCUCGCGCGAUGGAGGAUACGCACAUAGCCCAAGCAGCUAUCGACAUUGUCUUCUCGAGAUUGCCCAUCUAA